AGUCGCACUCCAAAGCGCCGCGCCCGUAUCCAGGAACCGUACAUGAGAGACGAGGGCCGCUUCGUUUCCACCAAGCUCACCCCUUCUCCAGACCGUGAGCUGCGCGCCGCUCACAGCAACGGCGAGGCGUCUCCUUCCAUCAACAGCAGCACUGGUCUCAUCAUUCCCGUCGACGAGCAAUCCAGUCCUACUCAUUCCAACUGCGAGAACGCUCUUGGCCUAGAGUCAUCCAUCUCGCACACCAACGAGUCUUCACCCCUCAUCACUUCUCCAGAGCCUUGCUAUAGCACCUGGUCAGGCAGCUUCUCAGCCGCCUCUGCCUACGACGGCUUCAGCGAUACUGCCGAUUCGGACUCGCAAAACGACGAGCCUUCACCUCGUCUCACUGCGGCCAUCACCAACACGGCUCAGCUCGGCUUACCCGAGCCUGUCCACAGCACUGCGUCUGGCACCUUCUCAGCUGCCGCCGCUUACGACAACUCCAGUGAUUCUGAAGUCACAUCGCCAAAGCCCCACUCUUCUAUCUCUCUUGGACAGACUAAGCGCCAGUUCAAGCGCCUUGCAUCCUUUCCCGUGCCGAACAAAGUCAUUCAAUCCUCAGUGAAUGGCAAACAAGUUCCACACGACAACUCCCGUGGCCCCAAGAAGCCUCCUCUUGGCCUCUCCCGACCCCUCUUGCCCCCUACUUCUCUGAAAUUCCAGCCAUCGAGGAUCAAGGACCUCAGAGUCACAAAAGACAGACGUCCACUCUGGCCCGUUCGCGCUUCCUCUCUGGCCGUGAACACCAACAACCACAGGAACAUCUCCGCUGAGCAGAACCUUGAGGACUAGGAGUCUCUCGGGCCUCACCAGAGACUUGAUUCGGCUGCCGACACCGUAGUCGAUGCUACAGCCACUUUCUCGCCCGUCAUCCCGGGAGCAUUCCCACCAUCACCAAUCCGUGAGGUUGUUGAUAAGAACACUUUCAACAGGCUCACACUUACUCAGCAAUCCGACUGGGCUCAUCGUGGGCGCAUCACGGUC